ACAAAAAAUGUACCGAAGUAAAAUGGGUACAAAGGUCACAAAGACCUCAGAAAAACGGAGCCCCUGCUGAAAACGAAUCAUCAAUAAUCCAUGAAUCAUGACCGUAUGAUGACGUAUGUUAUUGAAUAUAGUUAAUCCGGCUGAAGUAUAUUAGAAUUGCCCUUCCAACUGGAUCUUAGACUUUGGACCGUUGCUUUACGUUUACUUUCAUCUAGGGAUGUAUGUUGUCGGGUGCAGGAACAGAUGUAUAUUUGGUCAUGUAUCAACAGUGUAACAAUGGUAUCUGUAUUUAGUGAAGAUUGGCAAGAUCUUGGUAUGACGCCCAAUAUAGUGACAGUUUGUGUCAUUAUAAUUGGCUGCAUAAUUAUCCGUGCCCUCCACUUAGCCAGCCAGCCUUCUGAACCAGAGUUAUACUUCAGGCCAUCAGACUUUGUUGAAAAAAUUCUGGAUCUCUGUCCACUGCUGAAAAAUGUUUACAUGCCUCCACUAAUAUGGGGGAGAAGUGGGCACCUGCAAACUAUAGUGUAUGGAAAGCUAGGCAGAAUACAGUCUCCAUUUCCUCGCGGACAAAGACAUAAGAUUAUCAUGAGAGAUGGUGCUACACUUACAUUUGACAUAUUUGAACCUUUGAAGAAGCACGUAACAAAAGGAGACUAUACCAUGCUAGUAUGUCCAGGUAUAGCCAAUAGCAGUGAAAGCGUGUACAUCAGAACAUUUGUGGAUUACGCCCAGAAUGCAGGUUACAGAGUAGGAGUGCUGAAUCAUUUGGGGGCCAUCCAAACCAUAAAACUUACCUCUCCCAGAAUUUUCACGUAUGGAGGGACAGAUGAGUAUGCAGCAAUGGUAGAAGAGGUCCAUCGUCUGUAUCCAGACAGCAAGUUUAUAGCAGUGGGGUUCAGCAUGGGAGGCAACCUGGCUGUAAAAUAUCUGGGAGAGAAAAGCUCCAACCAAAAAAACUUCUUAUGUGGUUUGUCCAUUUGUCAGGGUUAUGAUGUGGAAAGAUGUCAGCCAUACAUGCUAAGUUGGGAGCACUUGCGGCGUGGGUACAUAUUUGCUAUGACCCUCCACCAAAAGAAGAUGUUGCGUACUCAUGCAGACAUUCUCUUUGGAUCUGACAGUGAAAGACUGCACGGCAAGUUCGACACAGACAGGAUAUUGGCAGCAACUUCUUUAGUGGAAUUAGAUGACUUAUAUAGCAGGAAAAGAGCUGGAUUUUCCUCCAUAGAAGAAUAUUAUAGGUGGUGUAGCUGCAGAAGCGUCAUGGAUAAGAUAAAGAUUCCCAUGUUCUUUCUUAAUUCUGCAGAUGAUCCUCUGGUGCCUCCUGCUUUGCAUGACAUGCCCCAUGACUUUGUUACAUCACACGAGAAUUGCAUUUUUGCUGUGACCAAGCAUGGAGGCCAUCUUGGAUUUUUUACAGGCAGUGGUUUUACGCCAGAACCUGUGACAUGGCUGGACAAAGUCAUUGUACAAUAUGCUGAUGCUUUAAUUCAAGUUUCAAAUCAGUGUCAGGACAAAAGAAAUUGAGCCAGCUCCUUUAAAGAAUGGGUCCAAUGACAAAGACAUACCUUAUAUAUUUUGAUAUUAUUGAUAAUGUUUAUUCAUUAUAUAUUUUGUCUUGGUGCUUAAGUUUUACCUUUUUGGUAUUUCAUUCAUCUUGCCACACCUUGCUUGAAGAAAGAACAGUUAACUGUUAUCAUCAUCUCCAUUUGAAAAACCAUCUUUUAUCUCUUAGUGUUACAAGUUUAUCGAGUUACAUAAUGAAGUGAAAGAGCAACUGUAAGAGAAAAAAUGUUAAAUCUUCAAAUGCAGUCUGGCAGCUUCCUGUCACUCUUUUUUCCAAGAAAUUGUUUCCUUCAUUUUAACUUGUGAACAAUAUUAAAAUUCUUAUUUGUACUAGCAAUGAUCUUCACAAACAUCUCUCAUACAGCUGUAUUUUUAUCUGUGGUGUAAUUAGUACCACCAGC